UUGGGGAAAAAAAAAAGAAGAGAAGCAAUUCUUGUCGGCCACCCACGGCUCUCGCUGGUUUGAGCCUAAAGCCAGAGAUCAUUCGAUUAAGAUACCGUUUUCCAGAUCAUGCGCAGUAAGGACAGGACACAAGAGCAGCAUAAGUAGCUCAGUUCGAUUCUGGAAAAAAGAUGUGAUGGGGGCUCCGAGGCUUUCCGGGAUGCAAAAGCAAGUCCUCAGCCUAUACAGAGGGUUUCUGAGAGCCGCCCGUUCGAAAUCCGAGGAAGACAGGCGCGAGAUCGAGACAAUCGUGUCGGCCGAGUUCCGCCUGAACUCAAAGCAGAUCGAUCGCAAGAACUUCCAGUACAUCGAGUACUUGGUGCGGCGUGGUAAGAAACAACUUGAUCAGCUCAAAUGCCGCGACACCGUUAGCCUCUCCUCUUUCAGGGUUUCGUCUUCGAAGCCCGAAAGCUCCUAAGAGCCCUAGUUUUCUGCGGUAAAUGGUUCGGCCUCGUUGAACGUUGCUGUUUCAGUGUACGUCAUGGAGGAAAUUGCUUGAUUUUUUUUUUUUAUUAUAGAUAUCGCAUUGAAAUUCAGGCAGUGAAACAUUGAAUUCCAGAUUGCAACUCGGAGAUAGAGAGAGAACUU